GACGGGCCGGCCCGGGGGAUGCCAGGCGGCUGAGGCGGCGCCAGCUCCAAGCCGCGUUCAUGGCGGUGGCCAGGAAGAUAAAAACUUUGCUGACGGUCAACAUCCUGGUGUUCGUGGGCAUCAUCCUCUUCUCGGUGUACUGCCGCCUGCAGGAGCGCUCCGAGGAGCUGGUGCAGAUCGUGCGCAGCGCCGACCGCCGGGCGCGCGGCCGGCCUGGCAAGGUGGGCGCCCUGGUGGACCGCGAGGCCAUCCUGCAGCGCCUGGACCACCUGGAGGAGGUGGUCUACAACCAGCUGAAUGGCCUUGCCAAGCCCAUCGGCCUGGUGGAGGGGCCGGGCGGCCUGGGCCAGGGGGGCCUGGCUGCCACGCUGCGUGAGGACAGCCAGGAGGUGGAGGGCAAGUAUGAGGAGUACGGCUACAAUGCCCAGCUCAGUGACCGCAUCUCCCUGGACAGGAGCAUCCCUGACUACCGGCCCAAGAAGUGCAGACACAUGUCUUACCGUGAGGGCCUGCCCCAGAUCUCCGUGGUCUUCAUCUUCGUCAACGAAGCCCUCUCGGUCAUCCUGCGGUCAGUGCACAGCGUGGUCAAUCACACCCCGUCCCAGCUCCUCAAAGAGGUCAUCCUGGUCGACGACAACAGUGACAAUGUGGAGCUCAAGUUCAACCUGGACCAGUACGUCCAUAAGCGGUACCCCGGCCUCGUGAAGAUCGUCCGGAACAGCAGGCGUGAGGGCUUGACCCGGGCCCGGCUGCAGGGCUGGAAGGCGGCCACCGCCCCGGUCGUUGGCUUCUUUGAUGCCCACGUGGAGUUUAACACAGGCUGGGCGGAGCCCGCACUGACCAGGGUCCGCGAGGACCGGCGGCGCAUUGUCCUGCCGUCCAUCGACAACAUCAAGUACAACACGUUCGAGGUGCAGCAGUACGCCAACGCAGCCCACGGCUACAACUGGGGGCUCUGGUGCAUGUACAUCAUCCCACCCCAGGACUGGCUGGACCACGGGGACGAGUCUGCGCCCAUCAGGACUCCCGCCAUGAUCGGCUGCUCCUUCGUGGUGGACCGGGAGUAUUUUGAGGACAUUGGCCUGCUGGACCCCGGCAUGGAGGUGUACGGCGGAGAGAACAUUGAGCUGGGCAUGCGGGUGUGGCAGUGUGGGGGCAGCAUGGAGGUGCUGCCUUGCUCCCGUGUGGCCCACAUCGAGCGCACCAAGAAGCCCUACAACAACGACAUCGACUACUACGCCAAGCGCAAUGCCCUGCGGGCCGCCGAGGUGUGGAUGGACGACUUCAAAUCCCAUGUGUACAUGGCCUGGAACAUCCCCAUGACCAACCCCGGUGUGGACUUUGGGGACGUGUCCGAGCGGGUGGCGCUGCGACAGAGACUGAAAUGCCACAGCUUCAAGUGGUACCUGGAGAACGUGUACCCCGAGAUGAGGAUCUACAACAACACCCUCACGUACGGAGAGGUGAGAAACAGCAAGGCCAGUGGCUACUGCUUGGACCAGGGCUCAGAGGACGAUGACCGGGCCAUCCUGUACCCCUGCCAUGGAAUGUCCUCCCAGCUGGUGAGGUACAGUGCUGAAGGGCUCCUGCAGCUGGGGCCCCUGGGCUCCACCGCCUUCCUGCCCGACUCAAGGUGCCUCGUGGAUGAUGGCAAGGGCCGCACCCCGUCCCUCAGGAAGUGCGAGGACGUGGCCAGGCCCGCCCAGCGGCUGUGGGACUUCUCACAGGGCGGCCCCAUCGUCAGCCGGGACACAGGUCGGUGCCUGGAGGUGGAGAUGGCCAAGGAUGCCCACUUUGGGCUGCGGCUGGUGGUGCAGCGGUGCUCUGGUCAGAAGUGGACCAUCAGGAACUGGCUCAAGCACGGGCGACACUGACCACCAGGUGGUCCCUCGGAGACCGCAGGUCCUGGAGCAGCCCGGUCAGGCCUCGGGCAGCUCCUGGGAUGUCAUCAGGCCGGUUGACACCCUGGAUGCUGGGAGCCAACGCCGUGUCCUGGGCAUUGGCCGCCGCUGCCUCCUCUGGCCCAGAAACAGGUGCCUUUCCAUGGUGUUCCGGAUCUUCGGGACAGCCCCCUGCUGCACAUGCACGUCCCUGUACACAGCACCUGCAGGAGUGGACGCGCAGGCCUCCUCUGCAGGGGUCCCUGCUCUCCUGUCACCUAGGGACCGCGGGCAGGAUCAGCAGUGCCCACAGCCAUCAGCCACCUGUGUAAAUAAAGCGUUCUACUCGUC